UGUUAGAAUUAAAAUGGCGUAUAACUGGAAUGCAUUAUUUUGAUGCAGUGCUAGCAGGCUGUGUGAAUGAAUUCCGGGCGCAACCUGAGAGUUGUUUUCCUUUCUUUUUUUUUUUUUGUGCGCGUGAGAAAGGCAGAGCGAAAGCGCGCGACUGCUCAUGCGCUCCGGCGAGUGAGAGAUGCUGCUCUUCAGAUAGUCAGUGUGGCGUCUGAUCAGGGGGUCGAUCACAGCUCAUUUCUCCUCCUGUCACAGUGCAUCUGCAAAAACCCCCAUGGAUCUCUGGACCCUCUUGGCUAAAUUAAACAUCUGAAAUGGAUUUAUUCACAUCUGCCAUAAUAUGUUUUGGGGAUUAUGAAAAGAUCAGCGUUGAGCGCGUCCUUUCUUUACGUAAUGCCGUAACUAUUUGCGCAUUUAUCCUUCAACUGCGAUAAAAAAAAAUAUAUAAAAAUAAUAAUUCUUGCUCAAAUCGCUUUUUGUAUUUAUUUAUUUUUUGUUUACUGGAAUAACACUCCGUUUUUCAAUCGGUGUACCUCCAUCUGGCUUUUGUUUCUGAAUGGGAAACGCAUGGCACUUUACUGUGAUGGGCAAUGGAUAAACAAACGCCUGCUCUAGGCAUUAUUUACCCUCAGACCUUGAUGUAUUGUAACCCGGUGCGAAAGAUUCAAGAGUUUAUACUCUGCAACUCCAUUGUUGCACUCAGCUAAUCUGACUGCGAUUUUAAAAUCAUCAUACACCUUGAUUUAACUCUUGAAAAAGUGGAAGAUAUGCUAUCCUCCAUGGAGCUGUUCAUUAAGUGGGCUGUCUGCACCUCCUUGGUUCUUAUCCCUAUACCUGGGACUGAUGGCUCGAUAGUGAAUUUCCACAAAACAUGCAUAUGUGCAAGCAACAUUGUCAGCUGCUCCAAAAUGAACUUAACUACAGUGCCAUCUGACCUGCCUAAGUACACAGCAGUGCUCGAUCUGAGCUAUAAUGACAUCAACAGACUACGUGCAGAGUGGACAACAUACAAGCUCCCCAAACUCCACAAUCUUUUACUGAGCCACAAUGGCUUGCAUUUUAUCUCUACUGAAGCUUUUGUUUAUGUUAAGGACUUGCGCUACUUGGACCUGUCCUCUAACAACAUCCGGCAACUGGAUGAGUACAUUUUUGAACCGCUAGGGGAUCUAGAGGUGCUUUUGCUCUAUAACAACCACAUCUCCCAGAUUGACCGCACUGCCUUCACAGGUCUUAGCAAACUUCAGAAGCUCUACCUGAGCCAGAACCAGGUGUCCCGCUUUCCUCUGGAGCUGGUUAAGGACAAGACCCGUCCGGAAAAGCUGAGCUUAUUGGACUUGUCUUCCAAUCGGAUCAAAGUCCUACCCAUCCAAGAUCUGCAGGACCUGCCAGCGUGGCUGAGAAAUGGACUAUACUUCCACAAUAAUACACUCAUCUGUGACUGUGAGCUGUACAGCUUGAUGACAUACUGGUAUAUAAGACGACUAAACUCAGCCGUGGAUUUCAAAGAUGACUACACCUGCAUACUUCCAGGGCCUGAUAAGAAGAUCUUGCAUGUUUUUGAACUAAAUGUGCAUAUGAACUGCAGCACAUAUAAUGAAUCAGUGGAGGAAGCCUUUCUGGAGCAGUCUUUGGUCCUCAAGUGUGAUACACGGCAUCGGAACAUGUCCAAGACUUGGAUGUUGCCUGGUAAUGUAGAGGUAUCACCUGGAAGCAACCAGACUGCUGUGGUCCAACCAGAUGGCAGUCUGGAGAUCAGUCCGGUAAAACUUGAGGACUCUGGUCAGUACACCUGCUUUGCUGUAAGCAAGCACCUUAAUGAAACCCUGUAUGUGUGGGUGAAGGUACAUAACUUCACUCUUAAUGUAAACAGUGAGACCCUCAACACAGCAUACACAACUUUAGUAGGAUGCUUGGCCAGUGUAGUCCUGGUUCUCAUCUACCUGUACUUGACCCCUUGUCGGUGCUUCUGUUGUCCAGGACAAGGGAAGUCCAAGAACCAACAUGAGGAUAGUAUUCAUUCGUCCAUGCUCAGUGCCACCCCGACACAUGAGGAUCUGGCAACCAAAGCAGAGCCCAACAGGCAUGUUGCCUUCAUAGAUCCCAAGGACCUGCAGGGCCAGAAUGGGAAAGUGAAUCGCACUGGGGAAGAGGAGCUGGAGGAUGAGGCUAAGCAUGGCAAAGGAAAGAGGAAGAAAUCAGUGUCAGACUCUAUUAGCUCAGUCUUCUCUGACACACCCAUUGUGGUCUGAAUGGAUCCUGUCUAGAGCGGGACAGCCAUCUGUGAUGGAUGCAAAUUGUUUGAGGUUUGUCCAGAGGCAAUGAGUUGUUGAGACGUCUUUGGAAAAAGAGCAACGGAAAUGCGAUUUGCACCCUUCAGCAUGUGGCUAAUUAAAAAAAAGACAGUGUUAUAUAGUUUUUCUUUGUGAAUUUGACAUGGACAAGUUAGAGAAGCCUUUCCAGCAUUUUAAUCUGUAGCACUUAAGUAUAUACUGUGAAAAGGUCUUGCCAUAUACAGUAAGUGGACUUUAAGAAAUGAGUCACUGAGAAGUGCGAAAGGUGAAAGGGUACAUGGCAAAUUUCAUUUACACAUGAACAGGCACUGGCAAGCCAUAUUAUUUAGUAAUAUAUAAAAUAUGUAAAGCAUAUAUUAUGAUUCUUAGACUGCUGAAAGUAGAAAGAUUAUAGCUUUGUGUCCUGUAUCAUUAGUACUUACAAUAUUUAUUCCUCCCUUCCCCAAAUGCUAACUUGCCAGCAUCACCACUUUAUAUAUAGAUUUCAGUCAUGAGUCAUAGCUAGAGGAGUGGCAUGCCAUUACCCACCAUUACGGUGACUGCUGAACACUGUCAAUUGCAUUUGAAAGGACGUAGCAAAGAUUUGAAUGUGCUUGUAGAAAUUCAGCACCUCUAAACUUAUCAUUAUGUCAAAACAUAGUGGAAACCAGUUUGAAUAGCGAAGAAAAAACUGCAGGAAAGAAAAUCCAGUUGUUGCUUUACCGUUACAAUGAUAUUAGCCGUUGUUGUUAAUAUGGAAUAGGAUGUAAAGUGAAUAGGAGAUCUAUCUGACAUUAAGCCAAAGUUAAACUUCACUGCGUUGCAAUUCUAUAUAUACACGCAAUAAUGCCACAAUACUACCGCAGUUACUGAAUUUAAGAACAAUAACAUGCUGGAUUUAGGAUACAUGAAACAUGUUUUAGAUACAUGCCAUCUUCUAGCAUCCUGUCAUGUUUGGUUAUUGAAAGUUUGGGUAGUUGGAGCACCAAAAAUUAGAACUGACAUGCCAGCUGCUGUGAUCCCAAGGAUCACUGAAAAUUGAUGCCACAUGCACAAUAGCAUUUCUUGUAAUCCCCAGGCUUAUGAGUAAAUUUAAUCAGCAGGGUGUGUGUUCAGAAGAUGUAUACCUUUAACAAUGACUCGUAAUCACAUUACGACUGCCAUUGUCUGUCAGAAAAUAUGGCCUAUUAUUUGCACAAUGCCAUUUGCAUGAGUCUGUCUGUCAUGACAACCAGAGAGAGAUAUAGAGAGAGAGAUUUCCUGAAUGCUAAUAACCUCUUAAAAUAGAAUAAUGCAUCUCUCACCUUUUUACUAGUACACCAGGACAGUCUAUAAUACAAAAUCCAAAACUGUUUUUUAAACAUCUCUGAUUCUCAAAACUUCGCAAGUUCAGUGUUAUUUGCAUAUUUUGCUAGCUUUAGUCAUUGCUUAGUCACUCAUUGUCAAACGAUUACAAAAUGAUUGGGUCCAUCUUUAAUUACAACCCAAGCCCCCCAAAAAGUGCUUGUAAUCUUGAACAGAAAAAAGGAGAUAGCCAUUGUUAUUUAUUUAUUUGUUUAAUAAUUUUUUUGGCAGUCUAACUAUUUAUUACGCAUGCCACUACCCAGAGUCACAUCGGCUUUAAGGAACAUGAUGAAAACAUUGAGUCAUUUAGAUAUAGCACACAAAAAUGAACAUUUCCGAAAGCUGGAUCGACAUGCAUUCUCACAUAACAUGCAUUCUAUGUAGCAUUCAGCUGUCAUAACCUGCAGCACACAAUAAUAGGUUCAAUACUCCGGCUUCACCUUUGCCUAGAGUGGCAUAGGACGAUCGUUUGACAGCCAUAUUAUUCUUGCUUUCACCCUGCUUGGGUGAAGUCAAAGGCAGGCUAAUUCAAAACACACUGAUUCUCAAUGGUAAUAUUAUUAUAAUACGGAGGACACUAGCAAUGGAUGUAUUUAAGAGCAUUCCAGUUACAACCUGUGUAAUAAGGGACUCGAACCUCUAAGAUUUUGUUUUCUAAAAGAGAGGAGAGUCCAUCUGGUUUGCACAGCAUCAUCUCAGGAAAAAAGUAUUGGAAAAUGAGAGCAGCUAUGAUGGACAGCGGCAGGCAUUGGGCAGUUCAGGCCUAUUAAACGCCUCCUCAGCUGAAGCCAAAAUUCUGUGACGUCCUCACCAACGUGAUCUUUAUGGGAAAAUGCCAGUGUCUCUGUUGCUUUAAAACAUGCUUUACAGUGGCAGGAGAGACACCCAAAUAAGAUCAAAUUUUUUCGCCAUUGUCAUUUGUUUUCUUUGAGUAUCAGUCCUUGGAUAUUGUUAGAUGGCGGCAGUAUUCUCUUAAUCUGUUAAUCAUUCGGCAUUUUGUGGGCAGUACAUUUGUGCUUUUGUGUGUUGCUUUAGUGUUUGUUUACACCGUUUACCUUGAAGACAGUGUUUUCUUAACCAGCAAGUCAUUUCGUCUUGUGUUUCUAUCGGAAGUGCCCGAGUCACUCCUGUAGUUUAAUACUGCUGGCUCUAAUACAGACAUGCAUUAAGUGUAUCAAUUUAAUACAGACAGCCUGAUAUGCAGAUGAUCCUGAAGAGCCUGUUUAAGUCGAUCAUGUGAGUUAAAGCUGAAAAUAAACUGUGGGAAAGUAGAUCACACAGAGCAUAUUGGGCCCCCUUCUUCUUUAUAUAGUGUUCUUUAUGCUGUUGUCUGGAUUCCACAUGUGACAAAAAAGAUGUUAAGCUUUUUAUAAGGUUUUCUGUUUUGAUUUAUGUUUCUGUCAUAUGAAAUCUCAAAAGAUGUUUACAAUGUGUCUCAAUAGGUCUGUAUAUUAAAUUAAGAAGUUAGUAAAUAGAACAGAAACUUCAGUAAGCCAUCACAGACUGUACCUAUGGAGGCAACAAAGCACUGUAUCACUAAGCAGUAGGUUAUAUGCUCUUUUUCAGGAAUACACUGUUAUAUGUAGAGACGUCUGUGACAAAAAAUAAAAAAAAACCCCAGAGAACUGCCUUGACUACAUUAUGCGCCUCUAAUACCUUUCAUUAGGAUCAUGUAUAAUGUAAGCACACUAAAUUGUGUACGUGUAUCUAUUUCUGUCUUUUUUAAGUGCCAUAUAAUGUAUGUAAAAUGUAUGUACUAUUUCACAACUAUGUAUGUCAAGUAUUUUACCUUGUUUCUUUUUAAAUCUCUGGCUACUAGACAAUUAAUAUAAAGUGGCUGCGUCUGUUUGUUGUCUACAGUUGGAUUUACAAAGACUUUUAGUAUAUAUAUACAAAUACAAAUAUAUAUACAAAUAUACAAAUACACUGACCAUGUCACAAUCCUUUCAACAAAAGUGCUUGUUUUGUGAAAGAAAGCCAACAAAGAGACAAAAUAUAUCCAGCCCUCGGAAAUCACAUUAGCGCAAAGUGAAUGUCUUGAAGGUAGUAAUAGCCUCACAGUGGAAACAUGGCCUGUGUCUCAGUGAGCAUAUUAUGAGUGCAAUAUCCAUUAGAUGCUGCAUUGUGCUGGUCCUGUUUUAGAGCUAGAGAGGUUCGGCUGUAUCAAAUUUCUGUGGUAGACAGCAGACUGUGACAGAGGGUAGGGUAAAGCAUAAGUCAGAGCUGUAGAGGUUUUAAUAUAAACAAUAAAUAUGAGAAUAUAAUAAUUUGCAAACUAAAUAAAAUGUUUACA